AUGCUAAAGCAACUACUUCAAGGGCAAGCUGAUGGGGUAGUGGACACAAGCAAGAAGCUAGCUGAAAUAAACUCUAAGAUCGAGAACCUCAACACAAGGGUUUACUCUCUGGAGAAUCAUGCUUCUUCUGUUGCUGCUGCUACAAAGCAAGGACAACUACCUGGUAAAGCUAUUCAGAACCCCAAGGAACAGUGCAAGGUCAUCUUCACUCAAGAAGGACUUGUUGAAGAAGAGGAUCAAGAAAGGGUCAUUGAAGAUUUUUGUUUACUGCUGAAUGAUGAAGAGAUUGUUGCUGCUGAGGCUCCUGGAGUCCAGAUUGAUCAACCAGAAGUGCAUGCACCUACUGUGGCCAUUCACACUUCACCAGUUGAGCUCGCACGACAAGCUCGAUCGGCAGCUCGAUCGAGUCCAACUCUAGCUCGAUCGAGUCCGACCUCUUCUGUCCGAAGCCUGUUUUGCUUGAUCCUUAUCAACCGGUUGCCGCUUCCUCGUCUCGCCUACUUAGUCAAGGUCACAAGGAAGUGA